GAGCGCGCGCCGACAGCUGAUGAUGCGCGCGAAUGAGCCUCGGGUUGCGCGCACUGACAGCUGAAGGUUCUUCGCGAUGACGGACACUCCGAUGGCCCAUCAUCAUCAUCAGCAGCAUCAGCAUCCCUGAGCGCCGGGCAGCAGCAGCGUCCUCAUCCUCAUCCGUCCUCCAUGCAGCAGAGCCGCGCAGCUCCUGUCGCGUUUCUCGCCGUCCGUCCGCGCUCCUCCUCCGCCAUCCUCUGCGGCUGAAGCCGCUCCGCGUUCAUCCUCAGCUCGCCGUGUCCCGUCUCUCUCCUCCUGCAGGAUGCUGUCCUACACGGGGAUGCUCGCGCUGCUCCUCAUCCAAGGAAACGUGAUGCUCCCAUACGUAUCAUCUCAGAACGCUGGGUUUGUGAAGUCGCCAAUGUCAGAGAUAAAGCUCACUGGAGACGCCUUUGAGCUGUACUGCGACGUGGUCGGUAACCCCGUGCCGGAGAUCCAGUGGUGGUAUGCCGAUAUUAACAGGGCGGACUCCUUCAAGCAGCUGUGGGACGGCGCCCGCAAGCGGCGGGUGUCCAUCAACACGGCCUACGGCGCCAACGGUGUGAGCGUGCUGGCCAUCUCCCGCCUCACGCUGGAGGACGCCGGGAUCUACGAGUGCCGGGCCAGCAACGACCCACGUCGCAACGACCUGCGGCAAAACCCGGCCAUCACCUGGAUCCGAACGCAAGCCACCAUAUCCGUGUUGCAGAAGCCACGAAUCAAUGCUUCCGAUCAGGAGAUCUUGCAGCCUAAAACCGGGCAGGAGUUGCCCAUCACCCUUCAGUGUAACCUCACGAACUCACACAGCACCCACCAGGAAACCUUCUGGAUGAAGAACGGACAGGAGAUUGCCAACACAAGGACGGAGCACAAACACACGAUGUUCAAGUUGAGUAAACCGAGGGCAGAUGAUUCUGGUGAAUACAUGUGCGUUUACACCUUUAAAUCGGCUCCAAAUGCCAAUGCUUCCAUUGAGGUCAAAGCUGCUCCUGAAAUCUUGGGACACAAACGAAGUGAGAACAAAAAAGAAGGAGAAAAUGCGACGCUGCACUGCAAGUCUGUUGGAUUCCCGCAUCCUAUGUGGACGUGGAGAAAGAAAGUGGGCCGAGGGUCUUACAUCGACAUUGACAACAGCACUGGCCGAUUCUUCAUCACCAACAAAGAUAAUUUCACGCAACUGAGUAUCGUCAGCCUGGACAUCAGCACAGACCCGGGCGAGUACGUCUGCAACGCCUCAAACAUCAUCGGGUCCAAAGAGUCCAUGACCAUCCUGCGGGUGCGGAGCCAUCUCGCCCCGCUCUGGCCUUUUCUGGGCGUCCUGGCCGAGAUCAUCAUCCUCGUGGUCAUUAUCGUGGUUUACGAGAAGCGCAAGAGGCCGGACGAGGUUCCUGAUGUUUGAGAACUUGCAUGUCUUCAGAAAUUUCUGCUUCUCUUUGUUUUCUCCUCAUUCGGGCUGUGAUGUCAAUGCGUGCUUAUUUAAUUAUCAAUUGAAAUUAAAAAACUGUUUGUAUCAUCAACAAUAUUCAUUGUGACUGGAUUCUCUACUGUUAAUGGGCUUUCAUUGCAAUAUUCAAAAUAUUUAUUUUUAGUCUUUUAUUCAUUUUAUUAAUCAGAUCGUGCAGCUCAGUUUGUUUUAGCCUCUGGAAUAUAGCAAUAUAGUCAACAACUUGAUGGAUGAAUCUCAUCAAAACGUUCAUAUUUCACCUUCAAUUAAGAUUUUUGUUUUUGCAUUAUGACAUUAUUUUCACUCCCUUAUUGUAUUACAGUAAAAACUGUUACAGCAAUACAGCAUUUGUUUUAUUUUAAAGACCCCUGUGGUGAAAAUCAAGUGUUUAAGGCUGCUGUCCGUAAGAUUUGCCUCUUAUGGGGCGUUCACACCAGACGCGACUUGCGCGAAUAAAUCACGCUUAUCCGCGCGUAGUUGGACGCUUGAACAUUUUGAGUUUACUCGCUUCAUUCGCGCGUGAAAUUCACUUCACAACAGACGCGAAUUCGCGUCAUGAGAGGGGCUUCUGCCAGGCGGCUCGUCUCAUUUCUGCACACUUCCUCUGAAUAAACACAUCAACUCGUCAGCGGGAAAGUAGUUGUAAAAUACGGCGAAUAAGCUCAAUUUGCCGGCUUUAGCUAGCUUGUAGUCUCAAUAUGUAUAUAUAUAGCUCAAAUUGAGUAAAGAGUUGUCCGACCUCCUCACUCACUUUCUUCCAAGCAAGAUCCUUUUUAUUUCUGUUUCUAUAAAAGUAUGAAGAUGUAUCAUACAGCGAAGAUGAUUUUGUCCUCCAUUGUUGUUUCGGAUUUCUGCCUCCGCUCGCUACGUCGUAAUCACGUCACUACUAGAGCAAGCUCCUGAUUGGUUAACGCGCCGUGAAUUUUCGCCAAAGUUCAGAUUUUUCAACUCGCGCGAAUCAUGCGUUACGCGCGUCAAACGCCCGAAACGCUCUAUUCGCGCGAAACGCGUCAUUCGCGCCGCCGGAUGUCUAUUCGUGUCUUUGCAUUGACUUAACAUGUAAAUCACUCGCGCUUAAUGCUUCAUUCGCGUCUGGUGUGAACGCACCAUUAGUCGCCAUCUCUGUUUAAAACCUGCAUUUGCAGUUAUAUGCGUUAUUAUUAUCUUUACGUGCAUUGUGCAUCGGCACAGCUCCUCAGCGCGGUUUAAUCUAAUGUUUGCUGUCAGUCACCAUACCGGUGUGGAUACUGUACUUCAGAAUCACAGAUUGUAGUCUUGAAGUAUGAUCAAAGUAGGAAUUUUCAUCAUUGGAAAAUGUAAUCUGAACAAGUAACAUGUUUGCCACUUUUGUUCUGACCAACUGAGGGAAAAAGCAUUACACCGUGUCCUAACCAGACGCGAUGCGAUAAGAUUCCAGCGACGAGCAAUUUGACUGUCCACUAGAUGCGACGCGAAAAUGAGAAGCGAUAAAAUCAAUCAAAAACCACAGCCAAUCAGAAGAGAGUGUGGGCGGGCUCUCUCGGCAAGAGCACAGCGGACACAAUGAAAUGGGCAAGUACUUAGUAAAAUUCAUAAAUAUUACACAAUUUAAACAUUAUUUAAAGUACAUACAGAGUGACCAAUCUUUGUCAUAGAAUACACUUGUUUGUUCGCAUUGAGUUGACAGUUUGAACAUUCUUGUGCCCAUUUAUUUAUUUUCAAGAUCUGAGGUGAAUUAGCCAGUGUUGUUUUCAUUACAGCUAAAAAGCUGGGAACACAGAAUGAUAUUCAAACUCACGUUAGACGCUUUUAACAUUAAAUAAAGCACAUAAACAGUACCUGAUAUUAUCAUUGCCAUACUUUGUGUUGCUGUUCCAGCCGUGACGUCGCGGAGAAAUAGAAACCGUUUCUUAAAUAGAAUAUUCGCGUGUCGCCGUCGCGGCUGGUUAGGACAAAAACUCAGAUUAACAUGGAAAAGAUACCUUUUAUCGAUUGUCGCGGCAUCGCGUCUGGUUAGGACACGGUGUUAGGCCUACAAUAAAUCGCGCUGCUAAUGGUGAUUAAAUCUAACGAUCGCUCAUAUCGCAUCAAAAGUUACGGACUGCAGCUUUAAUGUUGUUUAUAUAUCUAUGUGGUGUUUUUAAUAUGCUUCAAGACAAACCAUGAGCAAAUUCAUCAGUCAACACCAUUGCUGAGUAUUUUCCCUUUAAAACUGCAGUGUAGCAAAGACAGUCUCAAAAACCCCGCCCCUGUUUCCUACCAUCACAAACAUGUGACCAAUCCCAUCAUGUGUGGGCGGGGCUUUUCUCCACUGACUUUUUAUGAUGUUCAAAGCGUUUGUAAGGAUGCUGAUUUUUAGAAGGCAGCUGUCUGACUCUGAGAUGGCGAAUGGUAACAUGGUUUGUGUAACAUUAGCAACACAUUAUUAGCUGUUUGAUAACGUAGUCAAGCCAAAACGCUAAUCAUAUCAAUUACCGUUAUGUGUCCGACAUUGUACAGAGCGAUUCAUUAAAAGCAUAAAACACAUUAACUUGUAGACUGCCCUGUAUAAUUUGCUUUGGAAUCAGUUUCUGGUUCAAACAUAUAUGGCUGAAUUAAACCAUUAUUUCCACUUGCCAUUGUGUAGCGUUUACUAGUCGAGCGAGUGGUUCAGAUAGUCCGAGCUGGUGUGUUUGAGUGGAGGUGGAGACUAAUUUGCAUAUUCAAAUUCCACGUAUACUAAAUGAAGCAAGGGUGUUAGAAAGAUAGUGAGUCACAUUAAAGCUAUUUUAAGGCAUGAAGAAAUUAUUUGCACAUUUAAAUAAGACAUUUUGAUUAACAAAAAUGAGUUUUAAGGGAUAAAAUUGUUGACUGCAGGGGGACUUUAAUUAAUAAAAAGACACUACAACAAAUACCACCAUGAUAUAAUUUAAAUGUAUAUAUGAUAUAUGUUAUUUAAAUUACAAAACAUUUUUAUGAAAAUGUCAUAAUGCAAAUACUUUUUUUGUGCAAAAUGCAAUGCUUUUUUAUUUUUAUUUUGGUGUCAGAAAUGACCUGUAAAUAUUGCUUGACAGGUUUCAUGAGAUUCACCCUGGCAUCUUUACUAUAAGUCAUCACAUGACCCGGUUACUUCAGGUCACAUAAUCAACAUAGACAACACCUUCCUUAUGAAUAAAAUGAGCAUCAUAGUAACAUGUGGAUGGAAAUACAGAGAGUUCAUUGCUUAGUUUUUAAACCAUCAUUUCUGGCAUGUGUCUGGCUGUUUGUUCUGCACUGGAUGACUCGCUGAAUGGCCUCUACAGACCCUAUUACAGCAAAACCGCAUGCGAAACAUUGAGUAAGGAGAGAAAGUUUGCGUGCAUGAACAGCGUGUUCUGUUUUGUGGUUUGGGGAGGAUUUGUCCCCAGGAGAGGGAGUGAUGGGAGGGUGCGCUAGAUUAAGGUAGAUUAUAUCUGCCCACAGUCUUAUCAACAGAAUCCGAGAUGAGGACAUAAUGCUAUGACGCACAUCACAGCUGAAAUCCUCGUGCCAGGAUUUCAUAUUUUCAACAGCGACGUCCUCUACACCUUUAGAGCAUCUGUGUGUAGAUAUACUGAUAUGAGCAAAAGUGAAUUACUGCAUGAACGUUUGUUUUAAGCCCUGUUCACAAUGAUGGUUUUAUCCCCGGAGGUCGACUAAUAAUUAAAUGUUAAACGUUAUUAGCGGGCUGCACAACGGUGGCCAUAGUUUGGGAUGUAUUACUGGUAAGAAAAAUAAGAUCAUGCCACUAAAAAUGCGAAUACUAGAAGGGAAGCAUACAUUAUAAAAUGAUAUAUAUAUAUAAAAUAUGAAAUAUUUCAGUCUUUCUACUUCAAAACUACACAUUUAGUUCAAUGUUACUUGCCGUUUCUUUGUAAUUAUUGGUGAAAUUUACAAGCAGUUUCUAAGUUAAAUUUGUUUAGUGUAUGUAUAUGAGAAGCUGUAUAUAAGACACUAUAUCAUGAGCAAGAUGAAUGUUUAUCAAUUAUUGAAACUGCAAUGCGUUUGCAAUGUCCAAUUAAAGGCGUUGUAAGCAAUUUUGCUUUAAUCCCUUUACCCAGAUGUUCUGCUCUCCUAAAACAUGUCAUCCAACCUGAUGACAGUAACACUGAACUUACAGAAUGAUUGACAGGCGGAGUAUGUUUCUUAUUGGCUAAAAAAAAGUGGGCUGCUCCCCUGACUCGAUAGUAAUAUGAGUGCACCGUCUUUGUUUAUCUAACGUCUUUGGUCUAGUGCAGUCAGAGACAGAUGUGAUUCCUCGUGACACCUAUUCUCAGGUAGUAGUGACAUUUUAUGUGUGGUAUUCCAAAAAAAAAACAUUGCUUACAGCACCUUUAACCCCUCCAUCUUGCCUACACUGAUCACAUGUGCAUCAGUGUUGUAGUAGAAGUUAAAGUUCCGUCACAUUCGUUUGGUCUGUUAUAUGUAGCGAGGGGAAAACAGGUAGAUUAUUUUUGCGCUGUGUUGAUCUGAAGGUUUAGUCUGAUAGAUGUGAAUUCAAAAGGAUGUGGUUUUUAACUCAAAUGCGUGUCAGAGAGUCACAUUGUCCUGUCAUAACCUGCUUGUUGUCCAGCACUGUGAAUGCUGCUGUAUGUGGGCGCAUGCAUACACUAACCAGAACUACCCAUCUGUCUAUGGAGAGACACAUCUCUCUUCUACAGUGACCUCUAACUGAAACAAGCUUCCUGCAUCAGCAAUAACCUGCUCUCUAAACAUCUUGAGUUGUGUGCUGCUGUUUUAUUCAUUUGCAGAGUAGAAUUAUGCAGGGUUAUACCACACCAAUUGAUUUCCUUGUCUUUUCCAGUUGUUUAUGAUUAAUGGAUAAGGAUUUUGGUAACACUUUACAACAAGGUUCUAUUUUUUAACAUUAGUGAAUUGCAUUGCAUGAACUGACAAUAAAAAUACAUCUAAAGCAUUUAUUAUUCAUAAUGGCUAACAUUAAUUUCAACAUUUUCUAAUACAUUAUUAAAAGUUGAAGUUGUAUCUGUUCAUAUUAUUUAACGGACCUGUGUAGGGAAGCUAACGAUUAAUCGACUAUAAAUAAAAAAGGCUCCUAUUCUGUGGCGCAUGGUACAUCAAGACCCGUCAAUCUGAACAAUCAAACCCAUCCAAGCAUGCUCCAGCUGUAAAACAGUGUCUCUCGAGAUCCGGUUACAACUGGUUGAAUUUUCAAAUGACGUUGGAAAACUCUAGCUAUAGCUUUAGCCAAGCAGCAUGUCAAUGAUCUACACACUGUCUUAUGUUGUGUUUGGGCUCAUUCGAGACCGCCUGCUCAGAUAUGUGAUCUACUAUGGUUUACUAAUGUUUCUCAAAGAUACAAACAAAAAAACACUGUGCAAAAGCAUCAUAUGUAUACUGUUUACAUGCAUCAGAGGCGCUUUUCCAUACAAAUACUUGGUAUAAUUUGGUCUCUAACUGAAACAAAUAUGCUUGUUGUAAUCUGCUUGUUGAAACCUUUUCAACGAUAUAUGACACAAUACGAUGAUUUUGCAGAUCACAUUAUCAUGUAAAGCAGUUAUUUUUUCAGUGUAUGAAAAUCGAGCACUUCUAAUAUGUCAGCCAUUUUAAAAGCCCUUGUUAAGUGAUGGUCAUAUUCCCUAUUUUCACUGUAAAGCCAAGCUUAUAAGCUUUAAAAUGACACCUAUUUUGUGUUGGUUCACCCAACAAUGAAAUUUCUGUCAUUAAUUACUCACCCUCAUGUUGUUACAAACCCGUAAGACCUUCAUUCAUCUUCAGAACACAAAUUAAAAUAGUUUUUUUUUUUAAUCUCCCAUAGAAAG